UUCAUUUCGUCGCGAAAUUCUUUAUUUUUUUCACGCGAAUCAUUCCUGAGCCGUCUCCACGACCAGCGCCCGUGCCUCCUCCUGCAGCGCCUGCUCUUCAGAUUCAAUAGUCUCCUACUACUGAAAAGCUCAAAACGACUUAAAUAACAUGUCGGACGAAGGCAAACUCUUCAUCGGCGGCCUAAGCUUCGACACCAACGAGGAAUCUCUGGCUUCGGCCUUCUCCAAGUAUGGAACCAUCGAGAAGGUGGACGUGAUCAGAGACAAAGAGACCGGGAAUUCCCGCGGUUUCGGCUUCGUGAAGUACGACAACGCCGAGGAUGCCAAAGACGCAAUGGACGGCAUGAACGGAACCACCCUCGAUGGCCGGUCAAUCCGCGUCGACGAGGCAGGAAAAGGCGGUCGUCCUAGGGGAGGAUUCGGUGGAGGCGGCGGCGCUCGCGGAGGUUCAAGAGGCGGAUUCGGUCGGGGGAGAGGUGGUGGAUAUGGCGGCGGUGAGAGAAGCUAUGGCGGCGGAGAAAGAAGCUAUGGCGACAGAUCAAGCUACGGAUCCGAGGGUCGUUCGGGUGGCGGAGGUGGUGGUGGUCAGUACAGAUCUGGCGGUGGAGGCAGCGGCGGAUACUCAGGAGGUGGUGGAGGCUACAGAGAAAACAGAGGCCAGGGCGGCGGAUACGAGCGAUCAUCUUACCGUGAAGGAUACGAAUAAAGCAUCCUUCCCCUCCCCCCAUGUAUCAAGAUCAUCACUUCAGGCCGGCUGUAUUUCAAAGAUGGCUCCUCCAGAUGAAGAAAAAAAAUGUCCACGUGUUUUUUGCUGACCUUAGUUUUGUAGUUAUGUUGUAUUAGCUCGAGCAUCUUAGCACAAACGAAUAUAGCCAUGAGGUGUUUUUUUACAUUCCUUAACAAAAACCGUUACGAUAUAAGACGUUACAGAGUAUUUUAGCUCAAUUUGGAAAAUAAAAGGUCAUUUGUUAAGCUAAAAAAAUGCAUCUGUGUAAUCUGAAUGGUUCUGUGAAAGUCCACAUUGUGCGGAAUGGCUCGCCACGUGGCUUCCCGCUAGCUAUGCUAAUAGACUUAGCACGUGAUUCCUGAUUGUGAUUCCCUUUUUUAUUUUUGUUCUAUUCGUAUUGAGACACCCGAGGAAAGUUGUUCGUUAUCCUUGUUGCUGAAUCCCCCUCUCGAUGGUAGUCUCUAAGGCCGACUGCCUCUUGCCGGGUUUUAAAGGGAGAGGAAGGAUUUCCGAUGAAGCUCAGAAACAGACUUUUGGGGAAUUUGACGCUAAAUUCCCGGUUACGCCGCCUCCUCCUUUUCUCCAGACUGUACCACACAUCCGAAAAGACUGUUCCUGUCCUUUUCUCUGUGCUCUGCUCAUCUGCAUUUUUUAUGUGCUGUAAAAUGGACUAAUCUUGUUUUUAAGUGAUCGAAAAUGUAACUUCGUUUCCCCAGUAAUAGCUCAACCGGGAUCGGUUUUGUAUUUUAUGUUCUUUGUAUGAUCGACCGGUUUUUUAUUUCUUUGUCAGUUUGGCUUAAUUGAGCCUAUUUAACAUACUGUGGAAAAAAAUAAAUAUACUCUAUACUAAGACCUCC